AUGUCUUCAUGGGCUCGACGCCACGCUGCAAAAAACUCCCUUGUGAAUCUUGAAUUAUGGCAACUGAUUCAGAAACGCUAUCCAAUGGAGUGUAGGCUUAGGGAAUCUGGGCAAGAAUUAGCGGAAAUAAUUAAUGAUCGUCAUCCAGUGCAUCUAAGUGAACCAGGAGAACUAAGAAGAGAAUAUGAAGAAGAAAAAUCUAAGAUGGAGGCACAAUGCCAAUUCACCCAGGAAGAAGAGAACAAAGCCAAUGAAGACUACGUCCAGAGACAGUUGGCGGAGGAAGAAAAACAAAGACGGCAAGCAGGAAGAAAACAGAACCAGCCGAAACAAAGACCGAAAAGGGAGGCGCCAAGAACAAAGCCAAACGGGAAUACCACCAGUACCUGUGGGACGAGCAGCACGACCUCUCCCCCACAAUCAGCAGAACCUGAACCAGUUCCAACCACUUCGCCAAGGAAAUGCAAAGGCAAAAAGAGAAACAUCGGAGAUACUCAGGCCUGUUUGUCACCAACCUCUCAAUCUGGGUCAACAUCCCAAGCUGCAAGUGUACAAGAAAUCAAGAACCCUACAUGGAAGAAAAGUGACAGGAGUAAUGAGAACAACCCUGCGUGGCAAGACACGGAUUUUGAAAAAGAUAUGCCAACACGUCCUCCGCGAAUCACCGAUGAAAUUGCGGAACAGGCUGCAACUUCUUCCGCAGGCCCAUCUCUGCUGUGGAACCACCCUUAUCACACAAGAAUUUGCGUUGAGGGAAGAAUCACAAUGAGACCGAACAACCCUGGCAGAGACGGACUUCAAACCAAAGUUCCCUCCUUGGGAGAACCUGCUGCCUCUGUGUCACGGAUCACACACAUAACCGGAAACAAUACAGUUAAGAAAGAAAAUAAAGAGUCUUCAUGCACCGCCCGGAAAGCCGUUGCCAAAAGAAAAAAUCAAGAACCUCCAUUUAAAGAUGUCAAGGAUUCGUGCUUCUCUGCAAAAAGAAGGCAAUUGUCAUCAAGUUCCUCCUCAGCUCAAGACGAAGCAGAAUAUCUCGAGGGACUGAUCACCACGGAGUGUCUACUUGCCCAAAGACACAAGCAGGAAGAACAAGACUGGCUGUUGGCAUCAAAACUUCAGGAAGAGGAGAACAGAAGAGCAAUGAAGCCAAACCGCCAGAAAGGAUCCCUGGAUGAAUACCAGUUGUGUGCUGCCUCCUCUCUUGCAAAUGCACAGAGGGAGAAUCCAAAGGCUGGGACUUCAAAAGUCAAAGCCUUUGAAUCUCAGAAAGGUUCAACCGAUGACAAUUAG